AUGGGCCUCACGACCCCCGCUAUCAUCGUCAUCGUCAUCGUGGCCUGUCUUGCCACCGUCUCUCUGGGCGCCGCACUCUCGCGCCAACUCUACCCAGCCCAUACCCACGAGGCACGGUUCCAGCCUUCGCACGAACAGGCACACUACAUGCGAUCAGUCCGAUUGAAGACGCUGGGUGCUUUCCACCGGGAGAGCAUGCACGACGUGGAGAGUUGA